AUGAAUGGUACUCAAACCAAACACCCCGCAUCUCUCCCCACGCCCAACAGGACGUAUAAACUCCAAGUGAGGAGAUCCAGCGGCGACGACGACGACGGCGCCGCUGGAUCUGCGCUUUACAACUCAUGCCAACUUGACCGCUGUUGGAAGGCAAACGCAUCUGCUCCUCCAAAACGGAGAGACGGAGAGCUGUCCUGGCUGUCCUCGCGCGGAACGGGGAACGGAAAGUUCAAAUGCCCAUGGGCGAAAGAAAAGCGGGGAUGUGGGAUUGUUCCUUCGGAAGUGGGCGAGUAUGUAGAGUACUGUUUUCAAAACGACUACGGCCACGGCUACGACUACGAUUACAUACGACUAUCCAGUGCCCCCCGGCCUUCCCCCCUUCUAACACCUGAAUGUUGCGCACCACCUCCCAAGGUCCACUUCCCACAUCCCAAGCACUCUGGGUACUCUACUCUACUCUACUCUGGAGUCUACGCAUGCAUCCUGCAUUGCAUCGGCAUCGACAUCGACAUCGACGACAUCGAUAUCAUCUCGAAGCCCCUCCGAGCCCCUCCACCCCUCUCUCCAUCUCUCUACAUUUGUGAUGUGUGCUCGCGGUGCUCGACUCGACUCGGCUCACUCGCAUGGCUGCCGUACCGUAACUACGUGCGGACUCCACCACGACCACCACCGCCGCCGCCACCACUACCCUCUCGCGGGGGCGUUUCUAGAUACAACUCUGGUGCCGGUGAACCGGGUGAGCGGGCGCGACGCGCCGCCGACGACGACGACAGACAUCAGACAUCUCUCAUCUCCCAUCUCCUAGGCAAGCAAGCCCCAGGGGAGGGGGGAGUGGAGGGGAGGGGCUAG